CUGUUUGAUUCAGUUAGCAAGUGCGCCGGGUCUUUUAAAUUCUCUCGUGUAGUUUGUUAUUAAACGGUUAUUGGAAACCGUAUAAAUUAAAAACUUUUGUUCGGAAGUUUUAUUAAAAUUCACACAACAAAAUGAAUAUACGAAACGCAAGGCCGGAGGACCUUAUGAACAUGCAGCACUGUAACCUGUUAUGUCUCCCAGAAAACUACCAGAUGAAAUACUACUUCUAUCACGGAUUAUCCUGGCCUCAGCUUUCCUAUAUAGCUGAGGACGAAAAUGGUAAAAUUGUUGGAUAUGUGCUGGCAAAAAUGGAAGAGGACCCUGAUGAUGUACCUCAUGGACAUAUUACUUCAUUGGCAGUGAAGCGAUCCCACAGACGUCUCGGUCUGGCCCAGAAGUUGAUGGACCAGGCGAGCCGGGCCAUGAUAGAAAACUUCAACGCUAAAUAUGUCUCACUUCACGUUCGCAAAAGCAACCGAGCAGCUCUACACCUGUAUUCCAACACCCUCAAGUUUCAGAUCAGUGAAGUCGAACCAAAAUAUUACGCAGACGGAGAAGAUGCCUACGCCAUGAAGAGAGACCUGGCUCACAUGGCCGAUGAGCUGAGGAAGCCUGGCGUGCGCGUGUCGAGUCAAGAAGCAACAUCUGGCCAGAGCCCAUCAGGCUCCGGCGACCAAGAGAGAGAAAGCGAGAGAGACAGUGGAGGAGAGAGCAAAGAGUUGAGUGAAGUCAGCGAGGCAACAGAAAGCACAGACGUUAAAGAUUCUUCUUCUGACUCACAAUGACGCCGCAGUUCUUGACAUGUUUUUUAAAGCACCCAUUUUUAUCGCAAUUUGCAGCUGUUUCUGACUUUGAAGGCUGGCUAUCUGACUAUCAAAGCUGCAUCUCUUUUUUUCUCUCUGCUGUGAUGAACAGAGUUGAGUCAAUGUGUUAUCCAAAUUAAACUAAACUUAUUGGUCGAAGCAUUUUUACUGGAUCGAUGAUUUCUUAAAAGUCCAAAAUAUCUGUAAUUCAAAAUGACCAGUGGUCUCUUAAUUUGUCGGAGAAAAAAAAACUUACGUAAAUUUUACAGUAAUUUUCUGUAAUAUUUGGCAUUUUCCCUAUUGUUGAAAGAGAAAACUUUUUUUUAUUCUACAUAUACACAAUUUAACACAACAAAAAAUGGUCAGCAGGUUUAGUGCUCCUUUUUUAAUCAGACCAUCGAUCAGAAUAAACUUGACUGUGUAAAAGUA